GUUCAACUGUGCAUCCCGUCUGCUGCCUGCAUUGUGAGCUCUUGCAAAUUACUGUUUUCAGUUGAAAAGAGGUUCCAGAGAGCUCUUCAGCUGCUCAGCAGGAGCCGUGGAUGCUCUUGAAUUAACGAGGAGAAACGGAACCUUCUAUGACGGAGGGCCUGGACCCCCCCCCACCCCCUUUGUCCUGGCCCUUGGUCAGGCUUGGGAGGGACGGUGGGGCCUCUCCGUGGUUCCCAGAAGAGCGGUUUCAGCUGAGACCCGGUGGCAGUCCUGAGCCCUAAUGCGUGAGCAGAUGGAAACCCGGCAGCCUCUGUUUCCACGGGGUGGAUACACCGAGCGUGGCCCCCAGCUGGGAAAGGGGCCAGAAAAUGGCCCUCGGUGAAAGAAUCCAGCCCUGACAGGCCGGAAGAGCCAAGAAAAGGUGCAAAGUGAGCUGCGGUGCUGGUGACCGACAGAAUCCUCCUGCGACUGCCAUUAUCCAAGUUCUUUGGGAGCUUUCUGACGUGAGGAACAAGAUGUAGGAAAAUGGGACUGACUCCUGGGUGUGGGGUCCCUUCUGUGGCUCCAGGAAGCUCACCUUGACCUCAGGAGGGCUCCAUUCUCUUGGCAUCAGCCAAGCAUCACCUUUGCGGAAGGAAUAAGACUGCAGACCCCCAGGGGUUCCAUCCCGGAGGGAAGCUUCGGGAACGCAGCCCCCCUCCAUCCCCUUCCUGAAAACCCCCCGCCAGCCAAGCCCCAGCGAGCCAGUCCGGAAUGAUCCUGCUAUGGCCAAGCUCUGGUUCAAAUUCCAGCGGUACUUCCGCAGGAAGCCUGUGCGUUUCUUUACCUUCCUGGUGCUCUACCUGACGGCCGGGAGCCUGGUGUUCCUUCACUCUGGCUUCGUGGGCCAGCCCGCCAUCUCCCAGAGCCAGGCCAGCCCCGCCGCGGGGGUCCAGGCCGAAGGCGCUGAGCUGCCCUUCUUGGGUGACCUGCAUCUGGGCAGAGGCUUCCGGGACACGGGUGAAGCCUCGAACAUUGCCCGCAGGUACGGACCCUGGUUCAAGGGCAAGGACGGGAGCGAGAGGGCCAAGCUGGGUGACUACGGUGGAGCCUGGAGCCGAGCCCUCAAGGGGAGGAUCGUCCGGGAGAAGGAGGAGGAGCGAGUCUUUCUUUGGAUGAAAGCACUCACGUUGGCCCGCGUGUUGGCAAACUACGAAGUACGGCACGACACAGCGAAUGGCCGGUUUCUCGUUCCACUCAUCGUACCUUUGUGCCUGUCGUGUGUCAGACGCUGUGGUAGAAACAUUUACGCAGAUCCUUCCAUUUUGGCCUCACUGGCCAAGUACAUCGGCUGUUACCUGGAUGACACCCAGAGCCGGGCCCUGCGAGGCGUGUCCUUUUUCGACUACAAAAAGAUGACCAUCUUCCGUUGCCAGGACAACUGUGCAGAACGGGGUUACCUGUAUGCCGGGCUGGAGUUCGGUGCGGAGUGCUACUGCGGCCACAAGAUCCAGGCGACAAACGUGAGCGAGGCCGAGUGCGACAUGGAGUGCAAGGGCGAGCGCGGCAGCGUGUGCGGCGGCGCCAACCGCCUGUCCGUCUUCCGGCUGCAGCUGGCCCAGGAGUCUGCGCGCAGGUAUGGAAGCGCAGUCUUCCGAGGCUGCUUCCGCAGGCCCGACAACCUCUCCCUGGCCUUGCCCGUGACAGCCGCCAUGCCGAACAUGUCCGUGGACAAGUGCGUGGAUCUCUGCACUGAGAAGGAGUACCCGCUGGCGGCCCUUGCGGGCACCGCCUGCCACUGCGGGUUCCCCACCACGCGCUUCCCGCUUCACGAGCGGGAGGACGAGCAGCUCUGCGCCCAGAAGUGCAGCGCGGAGGAGUUCGAGAGCUGCGGGACCCCCCGUUACUUCAUCGUGUACCAGACACAGGUCCAAGACAACCGCUGCAUGGACAGAAGGUUCCUCCCAGCCAAGUCCAAGCAGCUCAUCGCUCUGGCCAGCUUCCCAGGUGCUGGCAACACGUGGGCUCGGCACCUCAUCGAGCUGGCCACUGGCUUCUAUACGGGCAGCUACUAUUUUGACGGCUCUCUCUACAACAAAGGGUUCAAAGGUGAGCGGGACCACUGGCGCAGCGGCAGGACCAUCUGCAUCAAGACGCACGAGAGCGGCCAGAAGGAGAUCGAGGCCUUCGAUGCCGCCAUCCUGCUCAUCCGUAACCCCUACAAGGCGCUCAUGGCAGAGUUCAAUCGCAAGUACGGCGGCCACAUCGGCUUCGCUGCACAUGCCCACUGGAAGGGCAAAGAGUGGCCGGAGUUUGUGCGGAACUACGCCCCGUGGUGGGCCACUCACACGCUGGACUGGCUCAAGUUCGGCAAGAAGGUGCUGGUGGUGCACUUCGAGGACCUGAAGCGGGACCUGUUCGUCCAGCUGGGCCGCAUGGUCAGCCUGCUGGGCGUGGCCGUCAGGGAGGACCGGCUGCUGUGCGUGGAGAGCCAGAAGGACGGCAACUUCAAGCGCUCGGGGCUCCGGAAGCUCGAGUACGACCCCUACACGGCCGACAUGCAGAAGGUCAUCUCUGCCUACAUCAAGAUGGUGGACGCGGCCCUGAAGGGGAGGAACGUCACCGGCGUUCCUGACGACUACUACCCCAGAUGAUUCAUCAGGCGGGGAAGGGGCCGGGAGUCCCGCCCGAGCAGGGGUCUCGAGACUCCUGGGGACGCCCCCCACCCCCACCCCCACCCCCACCCCACCCAUCUGUCCUCUCUCUCUGGCUCGGGGACAAUCCCCUUGGCCGCUGUCGGCCUUCAGUGACUUUGCUGCAUGACCAAGGAGGCUCGAGGGAAGAGACUGGGCGCUCCCCACCCUUGGAGGCACAGGGGGCCCCUGGUUUGGAGACGUUCUAGCCACGUGGACCCUUUUCUGUCUCCUCUGCCCCUGCCCCCCCCCCCCCCGCCGCCGCCACUCUGGGCCCCACCCGUGGGAGGGAGGGCUCACGGUGGCCCCAGGACACGGGUGUCCCACUGCAGAUGUCAAGGACCUCGAUGCCAGGGUGGAAGGGACUGUAGCAGGAGAAAGUGGCCCCAGACUCUCUUCCCUUCUGGGCUGAACAUUCACGGCCUCCCCCCACCUCCUCCCCUCCACCCCCGGAAUCACAGGCACCAACACUUAUCCGGGCCGCUUCUGCUUGAAGAAGGGUCUCAGCCAGCCUGGGUGGGGCGCGGAGGCCAUGAUGCUCACAGGACGUUAACGGGCACCACCGCGUGGGGCCGCUGUUGUCAUGAGCCCACCUCGCCACGGUGCUCCUGGGAAGCCAUCGGGUUGGUUGGCUACCUCUAGGGCCGGAAUUCUGCCUUUUCUUCCCCUGCUGUAGCCAGAAGGUGACCUUGGGAUCUUUGCUCUCCCUUCUAGGGGUUCUCAGGCGCCAAUAGUCCCCCCACCAGGAUGGCCACGUGCAGAAUCUUGAGUAACCCAGCUCUCUGUUGUGGCGCCCAACACAUUGAUCCCACACUGCCCUCUGACCCCUCCCGGUGGGUCCUUUGCUAUCCAGAUGAGAGAGCAAAGUGCUCCAAAUCAGGUGGGACCAUGGCCCUACGACCUUCUCAGACCAUUGACCUCCCCUUGGUCGUAGUCCAGUGGGGCUGGCCUCCCUCAGAAUGGGAGUGGUUCUUCAUUUCCAUACAAGCACUGCCCCCUUGGUGGUUAAGACCUCAAACCAAAGGAUUCUCAAGGACCUGGGUUGCUAAUUAUCUGUCUUUGAAAGCAUCAAUUCAGGACCAAUCUUUCCCCCACCUCGGAUACCAGUGGCUUCACAUCCAGCCCAUACCCGUGCACCUGUCUCAUUCCCUGCCACGUAGAUGCAAAAGCCAUAGGUCACAGAUCUUUGCUAUUCUGUCUGGAGCAGCCCCCCCACUCGGCCCCUUUGAAGGCUCGGGGGGCAGGUAAAAAUGCUCGUUCCCAAAUACCCAAGAGACUAGGGAGAAGGAGCGUGUAAAGAGAUAUAUUUUUUUAAGAGGAAUAGAACUAAUACGUUCUGCCCCUUGGCACUUGGCCACUCGAAGAGAAGGGCUUAGGGAUCGAGCCUGUGUUUCUCUUCCCUGAUUCCCUCAGCUGUGGGAUUCGGGCCACCGCAGGGCCCAGCCAGGGGGCCCUGAAUGUAUUUUAUACCAUGUUUCUUCCCCCACCCCCUACCCAGGCUAAUUUCUAGUCUUUUGAGAAGCAGUCGAGGGCGUGGCCUCCCCUCCCACUUAGAGAUCAGCGCUCUCUGGGGUGACUCUUGGUCCAAGACCUGGGCCAGCUCUGCUGGUGGCCCCUCAGGCCACAAGCCUCAGUCCGAAGAUUCCUCAGGUCAACACCAUCAUUAAAAAGCGAGUUUUGUUGAGUA